AUGGAAAAAAUAACCUCAUUAAAACAAUAUAGGGAAUCUGUUUUAGGCAAUUUAGAAAAUGAUUUGAAUAUAUCUAAACUAAAUACUGCAAAAGAUAAAAACACUCAGAUUUUAGAAUCAUUUAAAAAGUUACCUUCAGAUCUAAAAAUUAAUUGUUUUAAAAAUAUUUUUAAAAAUAUUUCAAAUUUAUAUAAUUCAAAAAAUAUAAACCCAAUUUAUAAUCAAUACAUUAACAGAAACAAUAAUAUUGAUGAUGAUAAUAAUAAUAAUAAUAAUAAUGUAGACCAUAGCUAUAAUAAUAUUGUUUAUGAAACAUUACCAACUGAAAAUAUAAACAAUAAUAAUGUUCACGAUAAUAAUAAUGCUCACAAUAAUAAUAAUAAUAAUAAUAAUAAUGUUCACAAUAAUAAUAUAAAUAACAAUAAUAGUAGCAAUGAAAAAAAUUUAGAUGAUUUCGACUUUAGUAAUUUUGGCGGGGGUUAUUCGGAUGAUGAUGACGAUAAUGGUAAUAAUGACUUUGACCAACAUUCUGCUAGUGACAGUGAGGUCGAAGAGCUAGAAGUUCAAAUUGAAAAAAGUAAUGAGGAGAAAAUUAUAGUAUCCAACAAAGAUUCAAAAAACAAAAGAAAUAUUGAAGAGAAAGAAAACUCAAAUAAAAAACAAAAAAUAGACAGUAAUACCAUUGAAUCGCCAAAAAAACAAAAAAGAAGGGUAGUGUCCUCUGCUAGAUCCGUUAGACCCUUGACAAGGGUGCCAGAUAAUAACAUUACACCGAUUAAAAAAGAACCAAAAGAAGUUACAGUUUUCAGUAUUGAUGACAGCGACGAAGAAGAAAAAGAAGAAAUGGAAAUAGUAAAACCAAUCAAAAACAUUUCAAAACACAACUCCAAUGUUUUAAAUGAAAACUAUCCAAAAGAAGUUAUUGAUAUUAGUUUAGACUCUGAUGAUGAAGAAUUGGUUAUUAAUAAUGAAAGAAAAGAUAUUACAAAGCCCAAAGAAAUUGAACAAUUAAAUAUUGAUGAAGAGAAAGAAGAAGAAAAAGAUGAAAAAGAAAAUGAAUAUGGAAAUGAAAAUGAAAAUGAAAAUGAAAAUGAAAAUGAAAAUGAAAAUGAAAAUGAAAAUGAAUAUGAAUAUGAAAAUGAAGAAAGCAAUCAAAUAGAAAAGGAAAUCAAAGAUAAGGAGGAAUUUGAAUUUCAAGAAUCUGGAAGCGAGGUUGGUUUAGAUAAAAUGAAUGAUAGCAGUGAUCCGUUAAAUUUAAAAGAACUUUAUGAAAUAAACAAAAGGUCCGAAAUUUCGUCACCAAUUCUAUCCUCAAGCCAAGAUGAGGAGCUCCCACAAAUCGAAGAAUAUUGCUCAUCCCCAAUCAAAACUCAAUAUCAAAAAGAUAAGACAGUUAAUAGCGAAUUGUUUUUUAUGUUUGAUGAACAAAAUAAUAACCAUAAUAUAGAAGAAACCUCAACACUUCAAUUUAAUUUUUUAAAUACCACACCAACAAAAUCAAAAAUAUCUAAAGGUGACGAUAUUGACCAAAAUAAUAACAAUAGUAACGGUAAUAGUAAUAGUAAUAAUAAUAAUAUUAUUAAUAACAAUAAUAAAAAGAAAGUUAGAGUAAUUCCAUCUAAACUUUCAUGGAACUAA